AUGGCGACCGAAGAAGACAUCGCGUGGUUUCAGUCGACCUUUCGUCCGAUCCCGAAGCCGGAGCUUCCUGACGACUCGGUCGAGUAUUUCAUUUAUCAUUUGCCCUCCCCCGCCCCCGCCGUUAUCGAUGAAGCCGCCGAGACUCGAGCCCGAUUGCUGGAAGUGCAACGCACUGCCGCCGAAUUGACCAAAGAGCUUCUCAAAGACUAUAUCUGGCAGCGCGAAAGCUUUCGACUGGAGAUAAACAAAGAUAAUGGCAUCACCUCACUUCACGGACGUACCAACUACGGAGACUCUAUCGAGGAUGAGUGGGUGAUUGUGUACCUACUUCGCGAGUUGACGAAACGGCACAAGGAUAUUUGGGUCAGGGUUGUGGAUAGUGAUGGCGAAUUCUUGCUCGUCGAGGCCGCCGGUACUCUUCCCGCUUGGCUAGAGCCCGAAGUUGCAGAUAACAGGGUCUGGAUCCACCAAGGAGAACUUCGGAUCAUCAAGCCAAAGCAAGACAAAGGAAGAAAAGUUACUGAGAAACUUACCCUCACCGAAGCACGAAAGAUCAUUCAAGAGGAGCCAGAUCGCUUCAUGAAAUCUACAAUAAUUCAAGAGGAGGCAUUCUACCGGCUACGCAACUACCCCAAACAGAUCACCGAAAAUCUUCACUCCGCGAUCCUGACAAUCCCCCGCAAGGUCGCCUUCCUCCUACAUCAAAAGCCAGCAUACAUAUCCCCAGCGGUGGAGGCAUUUUACAUCCGAGAUCCGAUUGCCUUACAGCCCCUUCGGACAAAGGAUGCUUCAGACCUGACCUUCAAACCUGAUGAUUUGGUCACCGUGAGCGUUCGAUUUACUCGAGUUGGAUACGCCCAGUUGAAGAGUCAAGAGUUUCCUGUUCCAAGCAGCUGGGCAUCAAGGUUGCCGCCCAUGGAAGAUCAAACAGCAUACACGCGCGCUGAAGCAGGAAUGAAACUAGCCUGUGGCUUUGAGAUGCUGCUCUAUGAUCCUCACCACCAAGACAAAGCCUCCGUCCGAGAAAUGAAGCUUCUUCUAGAGGAUAUUGAGACGGGGGAUGAGAAGCUCCCCACAGACGAGGAAAUUGAAAAAACCUGGGAUAAGCGAGAGGAUGACGAGAAAUGGAUGGACAUCAACUUUGAAGAUCUGGACAGGGAACUUAAAGGGAAGAGUAAAGGCAACGAGAAGACUGGCGGCGAUUUUGGUGAUGCAAGCGCACAGGAAAAUCUGCAGCGGAUUGUUGCCCGUUUUGAAGAGUUCUUGAACGACAACUCGGCGGGCUUCGAAGGAGCAGACUUUAUCGACGACUUCGAAUCAGACUCGGAUGUGGACGACGACGAGGAUGAGGAGCUCAGCAGUGAUGGGGAAGACAAAGAUGCUUCUUUUGAUGAAGAGGAAUUCGCCCGGAUGAUGAAAGAAAUGAUGGGCAUGCCAUCUGGGUCUGGCCAGGGCCCGUCUCUUGCCACACCCCUGCGUAACCGAAUCCAGGAGCUGAACGACCUUGAAGAAGAAGACGACACGGAGCAGAUCAAAGAGUUAUCUCGACAGAUGGAAGCUGAACUCAAAGGAACCGGUGUCCUUGACCUGAACCGAAACCAGCAGAAAUUGACCUCUGGCGUGACUUCACCCAAAGGCAAGACAGCAGAGUCCUCAAAUGCUGACCCUGAAGUGGAUGAUGAGGACGAAAAUGUCAACAUAAACCUCGCAAAGAAUCUACUCGAGGCUCUUCAGGGCCAGGCUGGCACUGCUGGCCCAGCUGGAAACAUGCUGUCCAUGAUGAACCUCCGGAUGCCGAAAGAUGACCGCCAUUGA